CACCAACUUCAUUCGAGUUUUCAGUGGCACACCAAUCUCUGCGUCAGGAUGGGCGUUCACAAGAAGACUCGCAAGUUCGCGCAAGUCAAACGGAUCAUCGGCCAGCGUGACGCCCGCCUGAAAAAGAAUCAAGACACGGGCAAGACCGUAGACGGCAAGAAAAAGGACGAUGAUGUGAUACGAGAAGUACCGCAAGUAUCAUCAGCACUGUUCUUCCAGUACAAUACAGCGCUGGUGCCCCCAUAUCAGGUCCUCGUCGAUACCAACUUCCUCUCACACACGGUCCAGAAAAAACUCGAGAUGCUUCCGACCAUGAUGGACUGUCUGUAUGCGAAGUGCAUGCCUAUCAUCACAGACUGCGUCAUGGCCGAACUCGAGAAGUUGGGCUCGAGGUAUCGGAUUGCUCUGCGCAUUGCUCGAGACGAACGGUGGGAACGCUUGAAGUGCGGACACAAAGGUACCUACGCCGACGAUUGCAUAGUCGACAGAGUGCAAAGAGACAAGAUAUACAUCGUUGCAACAAACGACAGAGACCUCAAGCGGAGAAUCAGAAAAGUACCUGGUGUACCUAUCAUGAGCGUGGCAAGAGGAAAAUAUGUCAUUGAAAGACUACCAGAUGCCCCAGAAAAGUGAUGAAAUGACAUCUGUUGCAAUCAGGGAAGAAAAAGCUCGUACCAUCAUGACAGCGCCACUAAAGAGCAUCGAGUAUGAGCCUUCACGCUCUGACCUUCCACACGGUCCAAAUGGACUCAAUCCCCCAGGCAACAACUGCCAACGACAUAGCGCUCAGCAAGCACAUCGCAAAGAUCACUUUUCGUCGCACUUGGAAUGCUUCGUUGAUUUCCUGCUUGGCUAGUUUGCGCUGGUGAGAGUGGUAAUACGCAUUCUUGUGGUUCGAUUGGCCAAAGAUACCACCCGAUGUUUGGCGGUCAAUGAAGAACAGUGAGAUUAGAAACGAAACGCAGAGUACUGGCACCACUAUGAGGCGGCUGAACAGUGACUCUCGGAUGAGCUCCUCUGGCACUGUUGUUGCUCCUUUAGCAGGCAUCGUAAUCAGCUUGUGGUUGGCUUUGUCGGCAAGUGUUUGUCGAGCGUGUCGGAAUCAGGCCAGGCUCCCGUCGUUGAGGGCGGCAAGAAGAAGCUCUGCAAACGCACUGUCUGGGCCUUUGAAGCAGUUACAGUGGUGGCAGAGUGCUGUUGAAGCCGAGCAUUCGCUUGCUUAGUCACUUGCAAGGUGAUGUCAGGGCUCGGAUGUUCCGGAGGAUUGUUCUUCUUGUGAGUCGAGCACAAUUGGCAAAUUAUUGCAUUAUUAUCCUCCGACCGACACGAAUGCAUGCCUUGAGACAGUCAAAUUGGAUGCGAUUUACGGCUUGAUUCCGAAAUCAGAAGAUCAUAUAUGUGCAGUUUGGCUUCUGCCUGAGGUACUCGUACGAUGGUAUGCGGUCUUGAAAUUUCUUGCAUUGGGGGCCAUUGCGGGCCAGCUGUCGUCAACUGUGGCUGGUCGCUUGCUGUUCGUAACAACUAUCAAUAUAGGGUUAGGCUACAUUGGCUGAGACUCCAGGCAUAGCAACAAUUGAGAUGAUCUUCAC